AUGGAUGAAGCAGCGAUGCAGCACGCGGACAGCGUGCAGCAGAUGUUCGUCUCGCUCGCGGCGAUGAUGCGCGAGCAGCAGCAGUUCAUGGCACAGACAGCCGAGCUGCAGCGCCAGAUGGCGGCGACACUGCAACAGCAACGGCAGCAGCAAUCCACCUCGCAGCAGCAGCAACCGUCGGUGGCCGACUGGCAUCACCAUGCCGAAGUUCUCCGGCACAAGGACGACGACGUCGCGGACUACCUCUUCAGCGCCAAGCUCUACUUUGAGUCGAAGAACAUCAAGUACGGCGCCGACUCGCCGCAGCAGCGCCCCUUGUCGCUCUUGUUCGAGGAGCUGCUGACCAGCGAGUUCACGACACCCGUUCGGCAAGAGCACCUGCGUGACCAGCUCCUACGCCUGCGCCAGAACAACUUCACCUGUCUUGAAGAUUACGUGUCGGCCUUCCGGCACAUCAUCUACAAGGUAGAGGAGAUGAGCGACAUCGACAAGGUCAUGCAUUUCCAGAAGGGGUUGGUCGUAGAGAUCAAACAAGAGGUGAAGCUGCGCCAGUUCAGGAACACGACAGACGCAAUUUCGUUUGCACUCAU